AUGUUCUCCGGCUCCCUCUUUCCCCACUGGCGCCGCAAGGCCGCCGAACGCUCUAGCAGCAGCUCAUACGAGGUCCCCUUCUUCCUCAACGCCGCUUACUAUCCCAAUUGGCGGAUCUAUCGCAAGCAACCGCCGUCAUCCCUCCGCCUGGGCUUUAUUUCUCACAUUUUCUACGCGUUUGCCUGGGUCAAAGAAGACGGAACGGUCUAUUUGAGCGAUGAGUGGGCCGACACACAGAUGCCGGUAGACGGCACCCAGGGCUGCCUCCGGGCGUUCGCGCAGAUGAAGCAGCAGUACUCGAAGAUGAAGAUCAUCCUCUCCGUCGGAGGCGGCGGGAAGGGGAGCGAGAACUUCGCCGGCGUGGCUCGGAGCCAAUCCCGCGUCGAGACAUUCGUGCGCACCGCCCGCGCCUUGGUCGACCAGUUCGGACUCGACGGCAUCGACAUUGACUGGGAGCACCCCUCGGAUCCGCAGCAGGGUCAGGAUUACGUUCGACUGUUGGCGCGACUUCGGGAGGGGUUGCCGACGCCGCGGUAUGUAUUGGCGACGUGUCUGCCAGCGGGCCAGUGGGCUCUCCGCAACAUCGAUCUCGGCAAGGCGUCGCUGUACGUCGAUCUACUGAACAUCAUGGCGUACGAUUUCGCUGGUCCCUGGGCCAAUGAGACGGGCCAUCAGGCCCAGCUGUAUGGGCGCUCCAACGGCGCCAUCUCGUGUCAGUCAUCUGUCAACUACGUGCUGCACCAAGGGGUCGAUCCGAAGAAGCUCCUGCUGGGGGUGCCCGCGUACGGGCGGUCGUUCUUGGGGAGCAGCAAUACCGGACAACGGUACGCGGGGUGCGGUGGAGAGGACGGCGUCUUCGACUACAGCGACCUACCGCGACCGGGGGCCAAAGAGCACCACGACGACAAGGCGGGUGCGGCCUGGUGUUCUGGGGGGGAUGGUGGGUUUGUGACGUACGACACGCCGCGGACGGUGCAAGCCAAGGCCAAGUUUGUCACCAAGACGAAGCUGGGGGGAUUGUUUUAUUGGCAUAUCGGCGGGGAUGCACGGGGUUCGCGGAGUUUGAUUGAGACGGGAUAUAAUUCAUUGCAUGAUCUUUGA